ACUGCUGGUGGGGUGGUUGGUUGGGGCGGAGACCGAGACGCGCAAAUUCGAAGUUGCGCGCCGCGGCAGAGAUCAGUUCAGCGGGAGGAAUUUUCGAAGGAGCCGGGAAAUCGACCAAUUGCAAGCGUGCCGUUGAGAACGCCGACGUGGGGGAUUGCCGUAUGACGUGUUUCCGCGUUAUGGAGAUGAUCACGAGUACGACAUUACUAGGGAGUACGGUUAAAAAACCCUUAGUGAAGCGUGCAUUCCUUUACUAAUGCUUUCACUGCCACCAGGUUG